CCGUUCUUUGAAAUUCAAUUCCUCGACGCUACAAGAUUAAAAAUCAACUCAAAAGAAAACAGCUUUCUCUAAGCUGUACACGCCGAACACCCUUCACGCGUUUGCCCUCUUUCACUUCACCCUCCCCAGAAAUACUCUUUAUAAACAUAAAAAAAAAUCACAUCCUUUUGUUUCUCCUCUCGCAAAACCUCAAAAAAAUGUCGUCUUUAACCUUAAAUCUCCUGUUUUUCUUCAUCUUUGCUACAAUACCCUUCGCCAACUCCCAAACACCAACACCAGAAGCACCAGCUCCAGCAUCCAGUACUUGCAAUGGCAUCUUCUUAUCAUACCAGUAUAAUGGGGGAUCACAGAUCAAACCAACAGACCCCACACUCCAACCCUACAGAUUUAAAUCAACGCUAACUGUGCAAAACAACGGCCGUGAUGAACUUAAAUCAUGGAAGGUUUUUGUGGGUUUUCAAAAUGAUGAGCUUUUAGUUUCUGCUUCUAAUGCUGUUCUCGCCGAUGGUACUACCUUGCCUGCUGCUGUUGGGAAUGGUACUGUUUUCGCUGGUUUCCCAAUGACCGAUUUGAAAACUGCUAUUGAGACUGCUGGCGAUGACACUCAAACUAGUGUCCAGGUUCAGUUUUUAGGGACUCAGUUUGGAGUUCCUUUGAAGGAUGUGCCUUGGCCUUCUAAUAUUUCUCUUGCUAAUGAUGGCUUUGUUUGCCCUGCCACUACUAAAGAAGGAAGCAUCAUGUUUGUUUGCUGCACUAGAGACCAAAAAUUUAAAACAAACAUCACUUUAGAUGAAGAGUUCUUGCCCCGCCAGAAUGGAGAUCUUACAAUCAUGUAUGAUGUGAUCAGAACAUACGACUCGAGUUAUUGGGCACAGGUUUCUAUUGCAAACCAUAAUCCUCUUGGUCGACUUGAUAACUGGAAAUUGAGCUGGGACUGGAUGAAGGAUGAAUUUAUCUAUUCCAUGAAAGGGGCUUAUCCUUACAUUCUUGAUUCUACUGACUGCAUAUAUGGUCCUCAAGGUAAAUACUACGGGGCCCUAGACUUUUCCAAUGUAUUAAACUGCGAGAGAAGGCCAACGAUAGUUGAUUUGCCUCCAACAAAGGCUAAUGACACAACCCUUGGAUUGAUCCCUUUCUGUUGCCGAAAUGGUACUAUCUUGCCACCAUCCAUGGAUCCAAGCAAGUCGACUUCAGCUUUCCAGCUCCAGGUUUAUAAAAUGCCUCCAGAUCUCAAUCGCUCUCAGAUCUCACCACCACAGAACUGGAAGAUCAAUGGCACACUUAACCCUGAUUAUCAAUGUGGACCUCCUGUUAGGGUGAGCCCUAGCCAAUUCCCUGAUCCAUCUGGCUUACCAGCGAAUAAAACUGCAGUUGCCAGCUGGCAGGUGGUGUGUAAUAUCACCCAUCCCAAGGGAGCAAGCCCUAGAUGCUGUGUUUCAUUUUCUGCUUACUACAAUGAUUCUGUUAUCCCUUGCAACACUUGUGCUUGUGGGUGCCCUAGUAACACUGCCCGUACUUGUAGUGCUACUGCUCCAGCUGUUCUUCUUCCACCACAGGCACUUCUCGUUCCUUAUGAGAAUCGGACUGCCAUGUCUGUAGCUUGGUCUGCUCUCAAACAUCGGGCUGUGCCAAACCCAUUUCCUUGUGCAGAUAAUUGUGGAGUUAGUAUCAACUGGCACUUGUUUACUGAUUAUAACCGUGGAUGGAGUGCAAGAAUCACACUCUUCAAUUGGCAAGAAACUUCAUUCCCUGAUUGGUUUGCUGCAGUGCAAUUGGACAAAGCUGCUGCUGGUUUUGAAGCUAUGUACUCAUUCAAUGGAAGCAUGCUGGAGAUGGAUGGUGUCAACAACACCAUAUUAAUGGAGGGGCUUCCAGGGUUGAACUAUCUUGUGGCAGAGACUGAUGGAGCCAACCCACAAAAGGAUCCUAGGGUUCCUGGAAAACAACAGACAGUGAUCUCAUUCACUAAGAAAAAUAUACCAGGAGUGAAUAUUGCUGCUGGGGAUGGGUUUCCUACAAAAGUGUUCUUCAAUGGGGAAGAGUGCUCACUCCCUUCAAUAUACCCAACAAGCAACAGCAAUGGAAAGGGAUCGACCAUGAUAUUAUCAAUUCUCCUGGCAGCUGUGGUGGUGUUGUUGAUACGGCAAUAGUUGUCGGAUGUGAGAUUGCUUGAUUUUGUAGCGGCUUCUGAUUCUUUUCAUUCUUUCAUUGCUUUGAUGGAUGCAUGCUUGACCAGGAGCUUUGACAUUUACCAGAAUCACUAGAAGAUAUGCAUGCAGAGCUUGGUACAUAAAGGGCAGGUGUUGAUUUGAUUGUAUCUGGUUGGUGUUAUAUACGACUCCGGGACAUCAAUUUUAUAAUGCUAAUGCACAAUUUGAUUAUAUAUCUAGUUCUUAUUGAAACAUGAUUGUUUGUUUGGUUUGAUUUUUUCUGCUAUAUUUCAUCUACCAUCUCUAUUCUAGACUCUAGAUACCUUUCUUACAUAUAAACUACCUAUUUGUUCAUAUGCUUCUUUUCUAUUGUUUUUUUUACUCUGGAGGUUCCAUCUUAUUUGCCAGAGAUGAAUUGCUGCUUAAAGAAAUUUUGUUUAGAUCUGUUGGUUUGAAUGUUUGUUAGAUUUCAUGAGAAACACUGUUGCUAACAAUCUCUUGCACUGAAAUUUUCAAGCUCAUAUCUGUUAGUGUUGUAUAUUUAUUUUGGCUGGAUUGAAUUGAUACUUACCUCUAGUGGUGGCUCUUCGCUUGCAAAUCUUCCAAUAUUUGACAGCCUACGUAAACCAGGUCAGUAUUUCUCAAGUGUGAAUUCCGUCUAUCGGCAGGACAAGUUUUUCUAUCCUCGGUUUAUCUACACCACUGAUUCUCACAUUAUUUCUUCAAUAUAAUCCAUUGUCUGCGCUCUUGUCUGAUCAACUUGAUCCCUUUAAGUUCACACAACGAUGGUUCUUAUUUUGAUCAACUUGUUGCAAGCCAACACUAUCCUUUAAUUGUCAGCAUGAAAAAACUGGAGAAUGAUUCUGGCUACAGCUGCUUUGGACUUCCAUUAACUAGGGUCAGCUCAGGGCCGAUGUGCCUAGAAUGAUGAGAGGAGGAUUUUUGUACAUUGUAAAUGGUGGACUUUAAUCAUGAUCUCACAAGUUCUUUAUCUUGUUUCUCAACCACUGAGCCACCUUUUCUUGUACCUAGAAACACGAGGCAGCUUUAUUGAUAGAGAAUAUCUAGGUGGGCACAUGACAGCAUCACUUGUGCUCUUAACUGCACAAUCUCCCUAAAUGCAUUCUAUUAAAUGAUGGUGAAAAGGUUCCUGCAACCUAAAUGUGGAGCUCUCUACAUUUUACGGCAUGUGCAUGCUAGUCGAAGAAUCCUGACUAAUCCAGAAUGCUGGCUAUUACUUGCAACAAACGCUCACGCUCCAUGCAACGUCAAAUAGCACAGCACAAAAAUCGAGGUUCCAGUAUGAAAUUGCAGAUCAAGGGAGAAGAAAACAAGGACCUCCUAAAAUUACUAGAAAAAAUCCAGGGAAAGACAUACUCAGACUUUGUGUCUAGAGCAAUCAAAUGGAAUAUGUACAUCAAGGUCAAUCCCUUAAUUAAUAAAUAUAAAUAAAAAAA